CGCAUGCAGGAAAAGGAAAGACUACAGACAACGCUAGUACCCGGCAAGGGACCGCCGGAAAGUCAGCUAAUCCGCAGGAACCGGCUACCUCACAUUCGCUAUUACCUCAUGAUGGUCCAGCGAUUCAAAGAGGAUCGGCUCUGUGUGCGACUGUGCGUACAUGCUUGAGUUCGGAAUCGCAUCACUGCCGGUGACCGGUGUCUUGAAUUGUUGCGGAAAUCGUUUGUGGAAAGUGUAAACGGCCUUAUACCAGAAUAAAGAGAUCGAGAAUAUACAGGAAUAGCAUUAAGCGAAGAAUCAACUGGAGCUUUUUAAUAUCAAAAAAGUAUCAUACAACGAUACACGAUUAAAGGCGCAAUUGCAAAUACUUCUUCAUGUCUCGUGGACCGGUGUCUUUUUUUGUUGCUACUUGGAAAUAGUUUGUAUAGUGUAAACGAUCUUCACAUAGAGAAUACAGCAUAUAAACGAACUUCAACUAAAGGUAUGUAGAUACAUGUAUUAUAGUGCUGCUGAAACACGAAAUGCACACACAAUGAAUAGAAAUUAAAAAUUAUUUAUUUCUACUUUUUAUUUUUCAUUAAAUUUUUGUAACUAAUAUUUAAUUUCUUUUAAAUUGUUGAAUUUUUAUUGGACAUCAAUAUCGAGGGAUGCCAUUCAAAUUUAAGCCAUUUAUGAGCCUCAGCACGAGGCACAAGAGAAGGCGGUUAUCUGCCUUGUUAAUGGAAGAUCAUUCAAGAGACUUUGAAUCCGCCAAAAUUCCGGCACCACUAUCUGUCUCCGGUAACGAUAUCCAAAACGAUGAUGAAUCUAUUACUGAUAACAAUGGAAAUACUUCUGGCACGAGCGAGGAAGUGGAAUACAGUGAAGGCACCGAAGGAGAAGAAGAAGAAGAAGAAGAAGAAGAAGAAGAAGAAGAAGAAGUAGCAAAUGAACAAGAAGAAAGAGAAGUCGAUAGAAAUAACGCAGAAGCACAAGAUAAUAUGGAAGACGAAAAUAUGUCGGACGCUUCGGAACAUGAAAAUGAUAAUGUUUUACAAAACCUGGACGAGCUGAGGACGACAGCAUUACAAAAUGCCUUUUUAGCAGCAAAUGUGAAACAUACCCAAGGCAAUAUAUUACUCAAAACGUUGCGUGAGUUCCCUUUUAACAUAAAAUGUCUACCGAAGGACACGAGGACGUUACUUCAAACGCCUAAUGAUAUUGCUAUGAGGAACAUUCAACAAAUUGGUGGAGGAGAAUAUCUUCAUUUGGGUUUAAAAUAUACUCUUAUCAAAAAAUUGAAAAGUCUUCCUGAACAUAUGUUACCGGAAACAAUAGAAAUCGAUUUUAGCACCGAUGGUGCUCAAAUCCACAAGAGUGGCACAGGUCAGUUUUGGCCCAUUCAAUACAGAAUUUAUAAUUGUGUUGAUAAAAGGCCUGUAAUCGCGGGUAUCUUUAAAGGAACACAGAAACCAUCGGAUACUUUUCAAUUUUUUGAACAGUUUGUUCAAGAAAUUAUCGACAUACACGAAGAAGGCGGUGUUCAUAUAAGAAAUCGACGAUUGCCAUUAAAAAUUCGAUGUUUUAUUGCCGAUGCACCAGCGAGGGCAUUUGCUUUAAAUCAUUAUGGACACAUAUCAUCAAGCGCAUGUUCAAAAUGUAAAGUGGAAGGUCAUCGUUGCGAAGAAACGGUAUUUUUUCGAGGAACGAUGGUUUUUCCGGGGAUUCGUCAUCCGCCAAGAACGGAUGAACAGUAUCGGAAUAUGGUAGAUGAAGAUCACCAUAAAGGUGCAAGUCCCUUAAGUCCCCUAAUGGGACUGGUGACGCAAGUUCCAUUUGAAACUAUGCACCUCCUAUAUAUCGGAAAUGUAAAAAAAAUUUUACACACACAUCUGAAAGGAAAGUAUGGAAAACAGAAAUUGAAUAUAAGAAAAGUAGAAAUUCUUGAUUCAAGAAUGGCAGAUCUUCAAGCAUACUGUCCUUCGGAAUUCAACCGCCGCCCAAAUAAAUUCUCCAUGUUUAGUCAUUUCAAAGCCACUGAGUUCAGACAAUUGUUACUGUAUACUGCUCCGGCUGUGCUGCAAAAUGUUUUAAGUGAAGAAUACUAUGAACAUUUCAUGCUACUACAUUUUGUGAUGCGCCUUCUUAGCUUGCAAAAUAUUCCCGAUUCAACGUAUGUUUGGUGUCAAGAAGCUUUGGAAAGUUAUGUCUGCUUAUGCGAGGAACUGUACGGAGAACAGUUUCUCUCAUAUAACGUACACGGUCUUUUACAUGUAGUCGACGAUGUUGCAAGAUUGGGACCUUUGGAAACAUAUAGUGCCUUCUGCUACGAGAAUAAUAUGCCUGAAUUCCGAAAAUACAUACGAAAACCGCACCUCGCUCUUCAACAAUUUUACAAUAGGAUUUGCGAAUUAAAUGAUGUUCUUCUGGCUCCCGCUAAUAAUAAAAUCCAAAUUUGUGCAUCUAAAAUUCACGCAGAUGGACCUCUAUUGCAAAAUAUGCCUACCCGUCUUUGUCGACAAUUUCGGAAAUUGAAAAUUGGGAACAUUACAUUUUCCACUUCCCUUCGUGACAAUUGCUGUAUUCUGAAUAAUGCAAACAUCUGCGUUAUACAAAACAUAGUCCAAAUAGAGGGAAGAACUACGUUCAUCGUCAAAAAAUUUCGAACACAGAUUCACAUAUAUGAUGUUGGUAGGACAUCUGAUUUGGCAAGAGUUUUCCAGUGUUCUAAUUUAUCCAUUGCAAUCGAGGCAAUAAACUUGACGGAUGUAAAAGGCAAAAUGUACAGAAUGCCGAAAUGGAGCUCUCAGGAAGGUGAAGAAGAGCUUGCUCUUGAACAUGAGUGGAUUUGUGUAUCACUAAUAACACCUCUGGUGUUACCGUAACAUUGGUGAAAUGUGAAUUUAAAAAGACGCAAAAGAAAUAUUGUAAAAAUGAAGAAGUAGUGAACAGUACAGUGGAACCCCGCGUUAGUGUACUUCGCGUUAGCGGAAAUUAUCCCCUUCAUAUGCAGUCGGCCCACGUGAGUAGCGUGUGUGGGGGAUAGCAAUACGCUACGUAAUACGCUAUAUCCCUAAAUUUCACGGAGUGGGAGUGAAACCAAGCAAUAGGAGAUCACCCCGCGUUAGCGGACUAGAGCCCCGAAGAGUCCGCUAAAGCGGGAUUCUACUGUAUUAUAGAUAUGUGACAGUAUUAUAUAUGACGCAGUGCCAUUAUAUGACAGUAAAAUUCCGUACAUUAUUUUUCACAAUAAUUCAUUUUAAUAUGCAAAGUUUAUUGAAAUGGACAAUACCAUUGCUUUUUGAGAUUCUUUUUAUUUCCAGAAGAAUUUAUUUGAAAUUUGUAUAAAAGCAAAGUUAUAAAAUUAUAAAUUAUUGUAAAUUGUAUAGAUUAUUACAUUCCAUUUAACAUG